AUGUCAAUAGAAUAUAAAUUAUUAAUAAAAAAAGAUUUAAAAAAAGAAUUAGAUAAUAGAAAAAUAAAAUAUAGUUCAAAAUCAUUAAAAGCAGAGUUAAUUGAAUUAUUAAUACAAUCAGAUAUAGAUAAUACAAAAAAAUCAAAAAAAGAAAUAAAUAAUAUAACCAAAUCAAAUAAUAUAAAAAAAAGAAAAAAUAGAAAUGAUGAAGAGUCAGCAGAACUUGAGGAGAUAAAUUUGAAAAGAAUUAAACAGGAACAAGAAAAAGAGGAAGAAAGAACUGGCAAUCUUUUUUUAAGAUGUUUCAGAAAUAUAGCCAUUCGUAGGGAAAUUUAUAGUCACUUGAAAAAAAUAUGUAGUAAUUAUUAUUACAAAGUUGAAGAUAUUAAUAAAUUAAUAAAUCAUCAAGAAAGAUCUUAUAUAAAUACAAUUCAUUUUACACAACAUGGCUGCUAUUCAAUUUUUAUUGAAAUUAAAAAAUUUGAAAAGGAUAUAGCAAAUUUAGAGAAUAUUUUAAAAGAUAUCAAUAAUAAUGUAAAUAAUAAUAAUAGUAAUAUUGUAAAUGGAAUCAAUAAAGUAGAAAGUAUUCAUAAUGGAAAUAAAGGAAUAAAUAAACAAGAUUUAAUUUAUCAAAUUACCCAAAAAGAAAAAGAGUUUUUAGAAUUUAAAAACAAAUUAAAAUUUAUAAUUCCUCACUCAGUUUCAAAUGUUAAAAUAUCAGGAGCUAUUAAAAUAUUGGAAAAAAUAAAUUUACCAAAUUCAGUUUCAUCAGUUGAAAUUACCGAUUAUUAUUAUUCAAUGAAAGAGUUUGAAUUACCUGAAAGUGUUAAAACAUUAUCAUUAGGAGAUGGAAAUUAUAAUCGAACAAAUACUCGAGUUUUGGGAAAUAUUUCUCCAUCAAUCGAGACUUUAAAUUUAAAAAUGAAUUGUAAAUUAUUAUUGAACAAUGACCAACCAUGCAAUUUAAAAACAAUCAAUUUUUAUGAAUACUAUUCAACGUUGAUUAGUAGUUUACCAAAUUCAGUUGAAAAAAUAACACUAAGCAAAUUCUUUGAUAAAAGAAAUAUACGUAAAGAGUAUUAUGGUUUAGUACAACUUAAAUAA